CUUCCUUUCUCUCUUUUGCUUUAUUGAAUAGUAGUAUAGUAAAUAUUGGUCCCCGCCCCCAAACUUCUAUUUAUUGUUCCCACCGCCCCUCCCCAUUUCCUUCACUCACCCUCCUCUUCUCUCUCUCUCUCUCUCUCUCUCUCAUUCUCUCUCUCUCUCUCUCUCUCUCUCUCUCAUUCGUGUGAAGCCUCUCUCUCUCUCUCUCUCUUUCUCUCUCUCUCUCUCUCUAGCUCUCUCAUUUGUGUGAAGCCUGAAAAUCCCAAUGAAAAUGGGUGGUGCUACUGUGUUUUUGCUGGUGGGUUUUCUUUCAAUGGUGGCUGUUGUUAGUGGGUACGGAGGAGGAGGGUGGAUCAAUGCUCAUGCCACAUUCUAUGGUGGUGGUGAUGCCUCUGGCACGAUGGGUGGGGCAUGUGGGUAUGGAAACCUGUACAGCCAAGGGUAUGGAACAAACACUGCAGCUUUGAGCACAGCCCUGUUCAACAAUGGCUUGAGCUGUGGUUCUUGCUAUCAGAUUAUGUGUGUGAAUGACCCUAGAUGGUGCUUGCCUGGCUCCAUUUUGGUCACCGCCACCAAUUUCUGCCCGCCAAACAACGCCUUACCGAACAACGCAGGGGGGUGGUGUAACCCUCCGCAGCACCACUUCGACCUCUCCCAGCCUGUUUUCCAGCACAUUGCUCAGUACAAAGCUGGAAUUGUCCCGGUGUCGUACCGAAGGGUACCCUGCAGCAGAAAGGGAGGCAUAAGGUUCACAAUCAAUGGCCACUCGUACUUCAACUUAAUCCUCAUAACCAACGUUGGUGGCGCUGGUGAUGUCCAUGGUGUGGCCAUUAAAGGUUCCAGGACCGGUUGGCAGCCCAUGUCCAGGAACUGGGGGCAGAAUUGGCAGAGCAACACCUACCUCAACGGACAGUCCCUCUCAUUUAAGGUCACCACCAGUGAUGGCCGCAGCAUCGUCUCCUACAACGCGGCCCCACCCAGCUGGUCCUUCGGGCAGACCUUCAGUGGUGCCCAGUUCCACUAGACCCCACUCUUAUAUAUAUAUAGUUACAUAUAUAAUUGCACGGACGAGAAGUUGAAUUUGCAACUUCUCGUAACGGUAAGAAUAUGUAAGUCCAGGCUUCGUGCUCGGAACGAGGUCGCGACGGCCUUAGAUGCAUCCAUAUUGGCUAGGUAUAUAUAAGCUCUAAAUAGUCACUAGUAUUAGUAUUGUGACUGUUAAGAAGUUAGGAAAAGUAUUCGCGUGUUUCGGGAUUUUCCGCUAGGGUUGAAAGAAUGAGUUGGGCUUGUUUUGAAUGGCCCUUAGCUAGGGUUGAAAAGAAUGAGUUGGGCUUGUUUUGAAUGGCCCUUGUCAUUUAUGAUGAUUGUAGGGUACCCUUUUGUUUUAUUUUUCCUCCUAUGGUGAGGGAGGAGUUGCAGCGGUGGAUUUUAACCACCCGCAGUAGCGAGUAGGAAUUUCUCUUUCUUUUUUUGGAGCCCUUUAUGUGGCUUGUAAGGUCCUUAAUCGGAUGGGUAUGUCCUUGUUUGUGGAAUUUUAUAUGUAAGAGACCAAGAUUGUAUAUUCAGUUUCACUAGUAAUGGAAGAAUGAUUACUA